CUUUUCCUUGCUCUGCACUUGAUACACUUUCUCUCUCUUAUAUAGAUAGAUAGACAGAUCUGUAAAAUUAUAAUAUUCCCCAUUUUCAACAACAGAUCUGCAAACUCUUUCUCAACAACUACAGAGCAAAUGGGUGCAUACAGAGCAGACGAUGAUUACGAUUACUUGUUCAAACUAGUUCUCAUCGGUGAUUCCGGUGUCGGCAAAUCCAAUCUCCUCUCCAGGUUCACCCGAAACGAGUUCAGUCUCGAGUCUAAGUCAACCAUCGGCGUCGAAUUCGCCACUCGCAGCAUUAAAGUCGAUGAAAAGGUUGUCAAGGCCCAGAUUUGGGACACUGCUGGCCAGGAACGAUACCGUGCAAUCACAAGUGCAUACUACCGAGGUGCAGUUGGGGCAUUGCUUGUCUACGAUGUAACACGUCAUGUGACCUUUGAAAAUGUGGAAAGGUGGCUAAAGGAGCUUCGUGACCAUACGGAUUCCAACAUCGUCAUGAUGCUUGUAGGAAACAAAUCUGAUUUACGUCACUUACGCGCUGUAACCUCUGAAGAUGCCAAAACCUUUGCUGAAAAAGAAAACAUGUAUUUCAUGGAAACAUCCGCACUUGAAUCAUCAAACGUUGAAAACGCUUUCACCGAAGUUCUUACUCAAAUCCACCAGGUUGUUAGCCGAAAGGCUCUUGAUGCCGGAGAUGAUCAGGCUGCUUUGCCAAAGGGACAGACAAUUAACGUUGGCAGUAAGGAUGAUGUGUCAGCGUUGAAGAAAGUUGGCUGCUGCUCUACUUAACGGUUUCACUCCCUGUAAGUUUUAACUAAUUAUUACGUGAACAUCUAGUACAAAUCACAGUUUAAGCCGUUUAGCUUAAACUAAAUGCGGUUAUAAGGACAUUUCUGGAACGACACAAUUGAGCAACAUCAUAGUUUAGUUGAGUGAGGAAUGUGGUUUUGGCAUUCCAAAUGUAUCAAAGAUUCUAUUGCUAUUCAUGUAUUGACAGUAUUGUUAAUUGUCGGCUGGCAACUAUGAACAAAGGGAAUAUUUACCAAUUUCUCAAUAUCAAUCUUUUACUGAUGGUUGUAUGAUU